GGCUGCUCUCUGCUUUUCAGCAGAUUCUGAGGGCUGCCUUGGGAGACCAGCCCCUCCCUGGAGACCCUCUUCCUCCUCCUCCCCUGGCAAGGAGAUCUGGGAGCAGAGCAGCAGCAGCAGCAGGAGGAGGAGGAGGACCCCCGGCUCCUGCCAGGCCAGGCCUUGCUUGAACCACCACUUGCUUGUAACUUGGGGAGACCAAACUCCAGAGGGCGGAUGAAGACCCAAGUCCGCGAAGCCGUGGGAGACCCGGCCGAGAUGUCGCAUGAGAAGAGCUUCCUGGUGUCUGGAGACCCCUUCCCUGGGCAGCAGCCGCCGGCCCCACCUGGCUAUGCCCAGCAGCCCUACCCUGUGGCCCCCUACCCGCAGCCCCAGCCCGUGGCAUACGGCCAGCCCGGAUACCCGCAGGGCGCCUACCCGGUGGCGGCACCCUACCCACAAGCGGCACCCUACCCGGUGGCGGCACCCUACCCCCAGGCGCCCUACCCGCAAGGACCCUACCCGCAGGCGCCCUACCCACAGGGGCCCUACCCACAGGGGCCCUAUGCCCAGCCGCAUCCCGGAGUCGCCGUGGACCCAGACUCUGGAGCCAGGCGCCCUGUUUAUGUGGUAUGGAGAGGAGGCACCGCAGACUCUAGGAUUGCGCCCGUGCACAGCAACUACCAUGAGGACGGGCCGCCCUCCUACUAUGACAACCCGGAUUUCCCCCCCACCAACUGGGAGGACAAGACCAUCCGCCAGGCCUUCAUUCGCAAGGUGUUCCUGGUGCUGACCAUCCAGCUGUCCGUGACCUUUGCCUUUGUGGCCAUCUUCACCUUCGUGAAGGGCGUGAAGGGCUUCGUGCGGAAGAAUGUCUGGACCUACUACGUCUCCUACGUCUUCUUCUUCAUCUCCCUCAUCGUCCUCAGCUGCUGUGGGGAGUUCCGGCGCAAGCACCCCUGGAACCUCGUGGCCAUGUCCAUCCUGACCCUGAGCCUCUCCUACAUGGUGGGCAUGAUUGCCAGCUUCUACGACACGGACGCCGUCAUCAUGGCUGUGGGCAUCACGACCGUCGUCUGCUUCACUGUCGUCAUCUUCUCCCUGCAGACCAAGUACGACUUCACCUCGUGCCGAGGGGUGCUGAUCGUCUGCCUGGUGGUCCUCUUCAUCUUCGCCAUCCUCUGCAUCUUCAUCCGGAACCGCAUCCUGCAGAUUGUCUAUGCCUCCCUGGGCGCCCUCCUCUUCACCUGCUUCCUGGCCAUGGACACCCAGAUGAUAAUAGGGAACAAGCAGCUGGCCAUCAGCCCGGAGGAAUACAUCUUUGCGGCCCUCAACCUUUACACGGACAUUAUCAACAUCUUCCUCUACAUCCUGGCCAUCAUUGGGCGUGCCAAGGAGUAGGCCGCCCUCUGACCCCUUCAGGGGCUCGUUCCUUCCAAGCCCUGUCUUUUGUCGUGGUUCUCCCCCUUUUUAUUCCCACCCCGUGGGGUCUCCCCUGCCCCUCCGCCCCGGUUUUUGUUGUGUUCCUGCCCAUCCCUUGAGUUUCAGUUCUUUGCCUCUUCCCCCUCCCUGUCUUGUGCUUUUCUGGGGAAGGAUACCUGAAAAGAAGGGGGAGUCCAAGGUAGCCAACGGGCCCCCCCCCGACCGGGGAGGCAGCGCUCACCUCCAGCCUGCCGUACGCUGGUGUCAGUUUUUGGAAAGGAAAGGAAGGGCUCCUCUGACCUGUGUCUCCCUUGGGCUGUGCAGAGUUCGGAUGUAAAUAUGCUGUGCUUGUCUCUUUUGUAUUUUGGUCUAGAAAUGCUAAUUUAAUUUUGAGGAAUGUCCUUGUCUUGGGCGUGCCACUCACAGCCGCUUCUUCCCGUGGGUACAGGGCUGUUCUGGGGCUCUGGACACACGCAAACCGCCCCCUGCCUCUUGCCUGGGAGCGAGGUUCCCCACCCCUCCUUGCCACCUUCCACCCCACUCCUGAAUGAUACUGAUACGGGUGCCGCUUCCUGUCCUGCCCAGGCUGGCUUCCCACUUUGCUGGGCUCUCCUGCUCCAGCCACUGUGGGGGCUGAGUGCCUGGAUGAUGCCCAUGUCCCGUUUUUACAAAUAUCGUCCAGAAAAGUAGGGGUGGUUUCUCCCCUCUAGCUUGGGGGGCAGAGACUGCUCAGCUGCCUUUUCGCAGGCUCCCCUUGGGGCAUGCAGGGAAGACGCCUUCCUUGCUCCCGGCCCUCAUACACUUUGCUUUUCUACAGAGCUGUGAAGUCUCCUGACCCUUUUUGCCUGGGGACCCUGUACCCCCUCCUUCCUUCCUUCUCCCCCCUCCCUGCCCCCCGCAAUCUGGCUGGCUUUAGGGGGGCCCUGCACUACUGCAUGCUGAGCAGCCACUACCGUGCCCCAGGGCCAGCCUCUGCACUAAACUGUAAAAAUAGGAUGUCCUAAUAAAAGUGAGAAUGUACCAGA